AUGUAAAAUAAACAAGAUUACGAUACUUUACUUAAGUUUUUGCUUAUUGGUGAUUCAGGUGUUGGAAAAACCUGUUUCCUAGUCAACUAUUGCGAAGGUACUUUUACUAGCGCUCACUUAUCAACAAUUGGCAUUGAUUACAAACUUAAAUAUGAAGAUAUUGAUGGAAAGCGCGUUAAGCUCUAAAUUUGGGAUACUGCAGGCCAAGAAAGAUUCAGAACAAUUACUUAAAAUUAUUACAAAGGUGCUAUGGGUAUUAUUCUAGCUUAUAGUGUAACAGACCCCAAUUCUUUCAAGAAUAUUGCAGAUUGGAUGAAGUAAAUUAAUGAACGUGCAGAUCCAAAUGUUAAAAAGAUUAUUAUAGCCACAAAAAUUGAUAUGAAGGAUUAAAGAAAAGUCUCUACUCGUGAAGGAGAAGAACUUGCUGAUAGAUAUGGUGUAAAAUUCUUUGAAACUUCAGCUAAGGAAGGCGUUAAUAUUUCCGAAGCUUUCAAGUGUAUUGCCCGUUAAACAUUAGAAUCAAUGGACACAUCUACUAAAGAUUAGUUUAAAAUUAAUUACAAACCUAAUAAUCCUCAACCUAAUAAAAAAGAUGGAAAAGAUGGAAAAUGUUGUUGA